CCCCGUCUCCCAGGCAAGUCACGUGUCAUUGGACAUGGCCCUGAGAAACUGAAAGGAUCUGAAAGCCUGAAGUGCAUGCUAAACUGAGCUGAUAUCGUGACCUGAGCUAACCUGAGCUAACUGACGAAGGGCUAUCGGAGCGCUUGCGUGGGUGCGUGGAGCCCUCGUGAGGAGUAAUACGGAGGACAUCUACUCCCGAGUCUUAGCCGGUGGUCUUGAGCAGCUCAUCUCUCAACGCCAUUCUCUUAGCACACCACCACCUCACAUCAAGAUGAAGUCCUGCGUUGUAGCCGCUGCCUGCGUGGCCGGAGCCCAAGCCUUCGUGGCACCCAGGUUCAAUGGCGCCGCCGUCGCCACCCCGGCCAAGUCUUCCUCCGCCAUGAAGAUGUCGUUCGAGUCGGAGAUCGGCGCGCAGCCCCCCCUCGGAUUCUGGGACCCGCUCGGCCUCCUCGCGGACGCGGACCAGGAGCGGUUCGAGCGCCUCCGGUACGUGGAGGUGAAGCACGGGCGCAUCGCUAUGCUCGCCAUCGCCGGUCACCUGACCCAGCAGAACGUCCGCCUCCCCGGCAUGCUGUCGAACUCGGCGGACCUGUCGUUCGCGGACAUGCCGAACGGCGUGGCCGCUCUGUCGAAGAUCCCCCCGGCGGGCCUCGCGCAGAUCUUCGCGUUUGUGGGCUUCCUUGAGCUGGCUGUGAUGAAGAACGUGGAGGGCUCCUUCCCCGGAGACUUCACGAACGGCGGCAACCCGUUCGCGUCCUCGUGGGACGCGAUGUCGGAGGAGACCCAGGCGUCGAAGCGCGCGAUCGAGCUGAACAACGGGCGCGCGGCACAGAUGGGCAUCCUGGCUCUGAUGGUGCACGAGGAGCUGAACAACAAGCCGUACGUGAUCAACGACCUCCUCGGCGCGGGGUACACCUUUAACUAAACCACCCACCCACCCACUUUUGCGUUAUCUGACGUAGCGAAGCGUUUCCCGUAGGUUUUGACUAGAAGGGCUGACCUUU